AUGGAAGUAUUUGUCAUUGUUAUUGAUGUUGACUACUAUGUCCUUUGCCGGUGUCAGUACUGUUGCUCAUACAUGUUGGGUCUCUUGCUGGGGACAAUGUUAUUGCUCCUGCCUAUUAUGACUGUUGCUGGGGACAAUGUUGAUGAUGCCUGUUAUGUCCCUGCCUUGUUGCUCUUUCUGGUGCCAGUGCUUUGUAUUGCUGUUGUUGGUGACAGUGUUGUUGCUCAUGCCUUUGCUGGUGUGUUUUCGUUGUGGUCAUGCCUGUUGACCUUGCCUUUGCUCUUGACUUUCUUUGCCUUACCUUACCUUAUUUUUUUCAAGGUUUAG